AUGGUUUGGAAAGAGCUAAUAGACGACACUAAACAACACCGGCCAGAGAGCGUUUGGGUGCUGAUUUUGGGCGCUCAGUCGCACUCGUUACGUCCGCAAACAGACAUUGUUGGAUUCAAGAGUCAGAUUUACGAAAAAGGCGGCCGCAUUCGCGCAAAAGUUCUGCUGUAUGCCGUUGAUUUGCCCGACCCAAGAUUGGUAGAACCCCUGAAAGAAACUGAAAAUGCAUGUGUUAUACUCUGUUUAGACUGGCUAGAUGAUACGCAAAAAUGGCCAAAGAAGCUGGAGUCCUCGAUGGCGUUGGCUAAAACUCUCCCCUCGCCGCGUCUAGUUAUCUCCGCUGCGAAUUUCGAUAAAGUCCAGCAACAAAUGGCAUCUGCCACGUUCGAUGAAGACGUCGAAACGCAUCAAGCCUUUCUGCGAUCAAUAGCAAUUGAAUACGGUGCUGCCUUGGUGUACGAUCACCCUGGUUUUGAUUGGUUAGCUCUGGUCGCUGGCGAGCCUUUGGAGCCGCGGAUUACCGAUGAUUUUAUUGUGAUUCCAGCUGGCUGGGAUACUAAAGAACGCAUACUCACAUCUGUGCCACACUAUGACUACAAUGGCAUCCUCCCGAAGCUGAGAAUAGGCGGGCCGGUUCUUCCAGACAUUAUGCCUAAACGUAACGUCACCGAAACCGAUUUUUCUGAAGUUAUCAAGAAUGCCACCUCUUCAGUGCCAAAGCAAGCGCCUCUAGAACUCUCUCCAGAUGUGGACGAUAGAGAUGCCCUGGGCGGCUAA